GCUGUUAUCAACAAGGGAAGCCGCGUUGAGCUUGUUUUGGAGCUCUCUCGGCACAAGCUCCGAUUCCCCGCUGUAUUCUGCAGCAGCAGCAGCAGCCUUUUCUCUUUGCCGCUAGUUUCUCUACGUGGGGGGAGAGGAAGGAGGACCGAGGACGUAACUCCAGGCAGCCUCCGAUCAUGGCUUCGUUUCGCUCGCAUCUCUGAUCCAGGAGCAAGGCGGUGAUCGCCCUCGCGGACCUCCAGAUUUGGGGAGCACAGUCCAAUUCCUGCGCUCAGCCGGCCGAGAGGUGAGACCCUGCUUGGAAAUCGCAAUGACGUGGUGAAGCCGAAGAAAGGACCUAGAAAUCCAUCUUUUACUCCACUUUGGGCAAACCAGUGAAAUUUCCACCAGACUCAUUUUUCCUCACCAUGGCUAAGAGUGCAGAAGUGAAGCUGGCCAUCUUUGGUCGAGCUGGAGUAGGGAAAUCGGCUCUCGUUGUGCGGUUUCUGACCAAACGGUUCAUAUGGGAGUACGAUCCUACUCUUGAGUCUACCUAUCGCCAUCAAGCCACCAUUGACGAUGAAGUUGUUUCCAUGGAAAUACUAGACACAGCCGGGCAGGAAGAUGCCAUUCAGAAGGAAGGACACGUUCGAUGGGGCGAGGGCUUUGUGCUGGUCUACGACAUCACGGACCGUGGGAGCUUUGAAGAAGUCCUACCACUUAAGAACUUGCUGGAUGAAGUUAAAAAACCCAAGAAUGUUACUUUGAUCCUAGUUGGGAACAAAGCGGACCUAGACCAUUCCAGGCAGGUCAGCACCGAAGAAGGGGAAAAGCUGGCCACAGAACUUGCUUGUGCAUUUUACGAGUGCUCUGCGUGUACAGGAGAAGGCAAUAUCAUGGAGGCCUUUUAUGAGCUCUGCCGGGAAGUGCGACGCCGGAAGAUGGUCCAAGGCAAGACCCGGAGACGGAGUUCCACCACCCAUGUCAAGCAGGCGAUUAACAAGAUGCUCACCAAGAUCAGCAGCUAAAAUUAUUACAGUCCCCACCCCAAGAUGCAGAGCAGGUUAAUCUUGAGUUGAAAGGGGUCACUAGAUCAGAUUGUAGUCAAUCAACAGGAUAGUCAAAACGUUGGCUGCUUUGUUUUGUUUAACCACCACAUUAUUCUUCCCAAAAUUAAGAGAAGCAAAGCAAGCUUUAAGAAUGGUAGCAUGUGCUACCAGGUUGGGUCGUCUUCAAAUUAAAUCAUAUUUUUUUCAGAAUCAAUUCACAGGGUAGCUCAAGAGAUGCGGAAUGUGUCAGAAUGUCUCUCAUUGGUUCUUCACCUCCACCCUAGCAUGUUCACAAGUCACUACUAUAUGCUGACUUCUCUGUGGCUAAUAAGUAAUGAAUCUGCAGCCCAGUUCCUCACUGGGUGAACAGAGGGCUCUUUAUCACUGGUUAUUUUGCACAGUUUACAUAUGCUCACUUGACAAGCCACUCAUCUGUAAUGCCCAACCACAGAGCAAGAAGAAUACCAAUUGUCUAGGGAUAUGCAAAUGGAUUUGAAUUCAAAUUGAUUCAGCUCGGAUCUGGGUGAUUCGAGUGAGUCAAAUUUGAAUCGAAUUAGAUUCAAAAUCAAAUCAAGUUUUUAAAAUUAGAUUUGAAUUCUACUUGAGGGCCAUUUGGUGCCUUUUAAAAAUCAUUCAGGCCCUCUAGUUGGUUAAAAAUGGCACUUAAAUGGGCUUGAAUUGAUUUGAAUUCGAAACAAGUUUUAGAAAUUUGAUUUGAAUUUGAUUCAAAUCGAAUUGAAAAUUUUGAUUUGUGCACAUCCCUAGACUAUAGUGGUUAAAUUCUCCAUGGACAUGGGAGACAACAAGAUUACCAGCUGGCUGCCUGUUCAUUGUGCUAAGUUUGCCACUUGAUGAAUGGCCACCUGUAUUUACCUAUAGAUAGUUUUCAAAGCUAGUGUCCUCAGCAGGAAGCCAGCCAAAUAUGAUGAAGCAAUCUAUGAAUGACAGGUUCUGUACCUUUCACAACACUAUAUUAAUGCAUGAUUAAUUAAAAAAUAGACUUUGAAACUUUCCGUGAACCAUUUUUUAACGCCUACAUUUUAGUAGGAUGUCUCCUAAAUAAACCAAGCUGUUGGAAGCUCUUCAGUAAACUGGUAGCACCUCUGUGGUUGCUGCUGUGGCCACACUGCAGUUGAACAGGAAAUAACGUUUAAUUCUUUCCUAAAGACUUGGCUUUGUUCUUGCUCUGUUCCUAGCUGGUGCAUCUGUUUAUUUUUUAAAAAUUGAAAAGAAGGAGCUCAAAACAAACCUCAGGUUUUGGAGAAGACACAGCUGGUAUUUGUGAAUCUUGACUCAUCUUCAUGAUUAGUGUUUAGUAAAGACUGUUUACUUGUAGCACGCUAUUGUUUGUUUUAAUCAAAGGCAACAUUUUUGUAAUGUAUGGGUUGAUUAUUAGCCAUGAUUUCUGUGUGGGUGGGUUUUGAUUCAGUGUAAGGGACUGGAAUACAUGAGUGUUGGAGGUUGCUUAUGACCAAUAAUUCUGUAAUUGGUGAUAGCAUUGGAAAACUCCUACCUGUGUUAUGACAUGGGAGUCCACCUUGUUAAAGGCAAAUCAAAGCAGCACUUGAAUAUGGUUUUUUAAAUAAUUCUGAGCUGGCUUUUUGGCCAUUGGAAGUGGCCAGCCCACAUUUUUAAAAGUCAUAAUAUAUUUGAUUUAAAUACCUAAAGCAUAACUCCUCCUCUCCCUCCAGUUCCCUAUCAAAGGGUCCAUAUAUUACUGUGUGGGAACAAUUUCCUUGAGGUUGAACAUAGGAAGCUGCCUUAUACUGAGUCACACCGUUGGUUUAGCUAGCACAGUACUGUCUGUACUGAGUGACAGCAGUUCUCCAUGGCUUUCCAUGGGGGGGUCUUCCCCAGCUCUGCUGCAAGGUUUAAUGAGCAUCCAGGGGGAGGGGGACAAGAGGAGGCAGGCCCCCCCCCUGGAUUGAGCCAGCUCCCUUUGAAUUCAAUAUGGCAUACUCCCAGGGUGGGGGUAUUGGAUUGCUGGCUUUGCCCUACACACACACAACCCAAAAAACUCCUGCAGGUGCCCCCACUAGGUUCUAAAAGACCAGUGAUCUGUGCCCACAGGUCUUGACCCAAGUUCCAACUUCCACCACCACCCCGCCACAUUAGUAUUUAUUGAGUGCCAGCAAGGCCCCUGCACUUUCUUGCACCUCAUCCAUAACCCCUGCUCAAUUGGUUGUUUUGUUUUCCCCUUUUUGCAGUGGCAAACCCACUGCAUGAUACUCAUUUUGUUUCGGUGUCCUUCCCUCCUCCUCCUCUGCCACCUCUUCCACCUCCUCCUUCGUCCAGCAGCAUGUGUUACUGCUGAGCACAAAUUCCAGGGUGACUGGGGCACCAAAAAGAGACCCCAGCAACAGCAACUCUGCCUCCCCCUUCCAGAUCAUCAAGAGAGCCCACAGGUUGCUGGGACCAUGAUUCCAACAGAGAGACCCCACAGGACUGCCAGGGCCUCAGCACCCAAGAAAGCCCACGGCCAGGACCCCAACAACUGCACCUCUUCUUUCCAAGUGUGUGCACACUGUGGUGGGAAGGGCGAGAACACAAUGCCUUCUCCCCAUUCCCUCUUUUACGCCCAGAGCGGAAGAGGAACUGCAGAGAAGGCACUCCGUCCAUAUCUCCCCCUUUUUAUUACUGUGCAGACUUGGGAGGAGGAGGCCAGGAGAUGGAUGGAAGAGGUCGUGCCAGGGAUCGCCAGCUAGGUUGGAAUUAAAAUCCGAGCCCAGCAUGUGCACCCAGCUACCACCUCCUCCAUACACAAAACAAGGUUGGUUGGGUGGGGUGUGUGGCAGGGAACCAGGGCACCCAGAAAAACAUUUGGGGGGUGUGUGUGUAUAGUUCUCUUUUUGGAAGUGUUAGCUUGGAAGAGAGAUUUCUUUAUCUACUCCAGCUGCAGUGGAAGUGCACAGGUAAGGAGAGCACUGCUAAUUAAUAUUGUCUGGAGACAUGGAGUUAAAGUUCUAAAUAAAGUAGUUUAUUUAGGAAAUCCACCAGGGAGAUAGCUAAGGCCUGCAUGCCUUUCUGCUAGCCACAUACAGGAAGAGGGGAAGGGAGAAGAAGGAUGUCUCUCUCAGGUGAGAGAAUGAAACCUAUGUCCUAUCAGUCUAACAAAGAGGAAUCAGAGUAGAGGAAGCAGGAUAGAGAAAGGAAUGCCCUUAUUGGCUGUCUCUACCCCUAAAGCCCCUAGCGGCCAAUAGGGUUGCUGGUGCUAAGAGUCGACGCCAUGCAGGAUCUGCACCUCCAGCUGGAAGGCACCCUGAAAUUCCUCUUCCAAGCUUCAAUAUCUCUUUGGAGAUCACCCUGAAAUCCUCUUCCCACUUCACUUUUUCAAAAUUUCGGCACCAUUCUCCAUUAUGAGGCAGGAUUUCUUCUGCCUCACGCCCUUUCCUCAGAGUCAAACCCUGAAUAACGCUCUAGCCGCUCUCAUAGUUGGGUUCAGUAACAAGUCUGACUGCUUCUAUUUAUAACAUUUAGUCAAGAUUUCCAGAAGUCAUUUCAUACCAUUCUAGAUUUUUCUAAUAAACUGAAGAGAUUAAUUAUAUUCCCUUUGACCUAGUGGGCCAAUUGUCAAGCUGUUACGACUGUGGCCUUUCUUAUAAUGCAGCCAUGCUUACAGCUCAGCAUCCUGCUUUCAAAAGGUGCUGAGGCAUAUAUCAAAGCAUUCCUCUCAGAAGUCUUAAUUUCAGAGGCUCCACAACUGUGUCAAAAGGAGCCAAUAUAACAGGCCCCUAUCGCAACCCGAUUUGCAGCAACAGACAGGAGCACAUUUAAAUGGUUCUUACUUGGCAUGGAUUUAUUUUUCCUUCCUUAAGAUGGCAACAGCAAUUUCUUUUCUUGGUUGGGUUCUUUGCUCCUAAAUACAUUUCUUAUUUGUUCCCCAAGAUUUUUUAAUCCUGUGGUUUUCAGGGAACCCUCUUCAUAGUAUGCUGUCUGGUAUAGAGCCCUGUAUACUGCAAAGGAUUCUGGGGCAUAUUCUAGAAUGCUGCGUAUGCAGCUCAGGUGGGUCAGUUGCCACAGAGCCUCACUAUCACCCUGCAAUAAUAAAAUAUGCACCCUACAAGACACCCGACACUGGCUGACAUACAAAGCAAGGAUGACCUGUGCAGUGGGGGGCGUGGCAAUUGUUGAUGCCCUCCUGUCCCCCAGGAAGCCUUCAGUGCUACCCAAAAAUAUGUCCCCAAGGGCUGCACAGUUCCCAGGGACAUAUUUUUUGGUGGUACAGAGGGCUUCCUGGGGAAGGGGAGGGCAUAAAAAAUAGUUCCUUCCCUCACUAGACAGGUGCAAUUAGUUGGGAAGUUCUGUUAGGCUGUUCUCUCACUGGACUGGUGCAUUCUUUCUCUGUAUGUCAGCCAUUGUCCUGAGACUGCACAUUGCAAUGGAAGACCAGUAAGUGUAAGCAAGCUAUCUUUCAGGGCUGCUUGUCUGCCUUUUUUCAUCUUCUCAUUAAAAGAUCAGGUUCUGAGCAUUCACAGGCCUCUCUGGGAAACCGCCUGAAAACCAGUGAAUCAGAGAAUAUGGGCAGGAUCCAGAUCAAGUGAGUCAUUACUAGUUCCCAUUGAAAUUAAGCAGUAAUGACUAACAUGUCUCAUCUAUUUCAAUGGUGCUUUGUCAUGACUAACUUCACCUGGAUCCUGCCCUAUGUUUAAACAUGUCAGGUCACCAUUUCCAAAUAAAAGAACUGAGGAUUGCCACCCCAAGAAGCUGAAAUGAUGCAUUUGCAUGAGGCUAUGGGGAGUGAUCUGGUGUGCCUGUUGAGUGAUUCCAACCCCCCCAUAAGCCCCAUGUACCCUGAACAUAGCCUUUGCUAGUCCUUCUCCCAGUGUCAUGGCAGAGGAGGGUCACCAGGCCAUCUUCCCAAACCACAGAAUGGCCUGGGCUGUCUGCAUAAUCUAAAGUUUGAGGUUCUUCUGCUCUAUAGCAUACCCAUUUGGGUGGGGAUGGAGAUGUAGUUCAGUGGUAGAACAUCUGUUUUGCAUGCAGAUGGUCCUAGGUUCCAUCGCUGGCAUCUCCAGAGAGGACUAGGAAAGACUCCUGUCUGAAACCCUGAAAAGUUGCUGCUGGUCGACAUAGAAAAUAUGAGCUAGAUGCACUAAUGGUCUGACUCAAUAGAAGGUAUCUUCCUAUGUACUUAAUUAGAAAGGUGGGAGGGAGCACUUAAUCCUUGCCACACCUGCUGAUUCUCCCUUUUGUGGAAGGGACAUCACUCAGUGGAAGAGUAUCUGCUUUGCAUCAGCUCAUGGCCCCCCCAAUCUGGGCACACAUGCACAAGUCUAUUUAGAAGGAUCCCCAACAUCACACCUGCCCCAAGCCCCAUAAAUUCUGUGGGCAGCCCUGCCAGGUUUGAUUUUUGGCACCUCCAGAGAGGACUCCUGUCUGAAACCCUGGAGGGCCACUGCCAGCCAGAGUAGACAGUAUGAGCUAGGUGGACCAAUGGUUUGAUUCAGUAUAACGCAUCUUCCAAUGUACUGAUGUACCUAGGGUGGGAUUUGUCCUGAAUUUCUAGUUGUGGUCAGAACACCUGUUUGCCAUGAGGAUGCCUUUGGAAAAAAUGACCUCCUUUUGGCAAUUAAUCCUCUCCUCACUGUAAUGUUUGAAAGCACUAACCAUGUAGAUUGGGAUCAUCACUUUGGGUGUCCUAUGCCCUUUCCCAUAGCUUCCCACACCUUGUCAUUGCUCCAAUUUCUCUGCUUGUGAUUUCCACCAAAUGUUUUUUGGAAGGCCCGUAGUCUGCAUAACUGCCAUCUGAUUAGCAUGUGCAUGCCUUGCCCCACCAAUCCAAAGCAGUGGGAGGAGUUUUGUCAUUAAAAGCUAUGGAUAAAGGCAGUCCUGGGUCAGUCAUAAAUUAGCCAAUAGGGCAUGCAGCUAGCUUCUGGAGGCCUUGGUAAACUGCCCUCCAUGGGUCCCUCCUACCUGAGACGGCAUCAAGAAGCUGCUCCACCAUCACAUGAAGGUGGUGAUGGAUGUCAGGGUUGUGGGAGUUGUAGUCCAACAUCUGCAGGAUGGCCAAAGUUGAGCUGCCCUGAUUUAAGGCUUGCCUCCUUUCUGAGAUGCUAGCUUUGACAGUCAUGGUGGCACAGGGGUGUUCUCCACAAAGCAGGUGUGUAUUUGAGGUAGUUGGAGACUAAAAUAGUCCAUGCUCAUUGUUUGAAUCAGUUCCCAGUAAAUAAAAAUCAAUCACCUUUUCAAUGAUUUGGCAUUGCACAAAUUGUGGAAGGCAGCCAAAGAAGGAAAAUGGCUUUGAACGCCGGUUUUUCCCCUCUAUCAAUUAUUGUUCCCAGCUCUCGUUUUUCUUUUUCCUUGGGUUGUGUUUUUUGUUUGUUUGUUUGUUUUUUGUUUUGGAGUUUUUUUUAGGUGGGCGGGUGCAGGGUUGGAUGGGAUUGUCUUCAACAUUCAUUUGUUAUGGUCCUUUGUAUUGAUGGAGAAAAGAUGCAGAAGAUUUCUGCCAGAUGGUGAUGGAGGCUUUGGUUAUGAUUGGUUUAGGUUUGUUGUUUUUUUAAUGGCUCGAGCUAUUCAUGUAUCUUUCAAAAAAGGAAAGGCGUUUGUAAAAUAUAGAGGCUUUAACUGAACAAUAUUUCUUGGCAGCUUGGCAUUGCUGACUUUAUUUUCCUUGAAAAUGUUAAUCUAUAAUUAAAAAAAAAGUGUCAUUUUAAAAGCUC